UUUUUUUGAGAUGUGGGUUUAAAACCAGAAGCAAAACUUCCACAAAGAGUAGGGAAAUGGGGCAAAAAUAAGAGAAUUGUCUUUAGCUGUUCCUUCAGAUCUCUUCGAUACGCAAGUCUACAAUUGAGAAAAUGAAAACCAUCCCCAAACGUCCCAAAAAGGUGAAACUAUACUUUUACAGUAUUGGUUAGCCUGAAAUGGAACACUUUGAUUGGCUAAGAAGACUUUUACUCUGCUAGCCACUAAGGAAGUGCGAGCCGAAGCUAUUAUUUAUGUGGACUCCACCCCCUUAUGACGACAUUGUUGGAAAUUAACCAAUGAAAAUGCAGUCCCUUGCGAGCCUUCAUUUGCAUACAGGCUCUAUAAGUAGCGCGUAAGCAAGCCUUUUGGAAGUAGUCCGGAUCGUUUCUGGAGUGUGGCGUUUCUUCUUGCAAAAAUGCCUGAUCCAGCAAAGUCGGCUCCUGCUCCCAAGAAGGGUUCUAAGAAGGCUGUUACGAAAGUACAGAAGAAGGACGGUAAGAAGCGCAAGCGCAGCCGUAAGGAGAGCUACUCCGUUUAUGUGUAUAAAGUGUUGAAGCAGGUUCAUCCGGACACCGGCAUCUCCUCUAAGGCUAUGGGCAUCAUGAAUUCCUUCGUCAACGACAUCUUCGAGCGCAUCGCUGGUGAGGCCUCCCGCCUGGCGCAUUACAACAAGCGUUCGACCAUCACGUCCCGGGAGAUCCAGACGGCCGUGCGCCUGCUGCUGCCCGGCGAGCUGGCCAAGCACGCCGUGUCCGAGGGCACCAAGGCGGUCACCAAGUACACCAGCUCGAAGUAAGGGCGCGCAAAGGACGUAAUAGGACAGCUACUUUACCCCAACGGCUCUUUUCAGAGCCACUUUAUUUGUCACACUAAGCGGCUGUAAGCACUUGCUAGAAGAUGUGGCUUUUGGUUAGGUGGGGUGGGCCUGUGCUCUCCGAAACAUUUGGGUUUGGGGCCAAGUUAAGACCGUGAUAAAGAUUGCUCUGGCUGUUUAAAAUCUGGAACCUCCUAUAGUGCGGUGGUGUCACCUAGUGGCAUGACUCUUGGUAACAAUUAUUCCUUAAAAUGGUCUCUACCUAGUUCUGAGUCUGACAUGGAAGCUUAGACACAGUUUAAAGUUUUUGUUUUUGGCGGGGGUUGCUGUUCUACUUCUCUGCCCUUAAAUGUCAACGCUAGGUUUUUCUUAAAUAAGCGAGCCGGAAUGUUUCCCUUAGUGUACAAACGAACAAUCCCUCCGUCCCUUACUCCCCACCGCAUUUUAAUGUUCUAUUCGUAAACGUUUCUAGGUGUCUGUCACGAACGAUACGCAAUAAAGCCAAUAAAGUAGUCU